GCUCCUACUCGGUGAUGGAGAUGUGCACCAAGGGUCUGGGUGCACAGACAGGUGUCCUCAGGAUGAAGGGGGUCAACCUGUCGUGUGUGCGCACAUGCAUGGUGGUCGCUGAGGAGCGACCUCGGAUCGCGCUGACACAGUCCUUCUCCAAGCUGUUCAAGGACCUGGGCCUGCCUGCACGUGCCGUGAGCACCACGUUCGGGUGCAGGGUCAAUGUGGCCAUCUGCCUCCAGGGCACGGCUGGCCCGGACCCCACAACGGUCUACGUGGACAUGAAGGCGCUGCGCCACGACAGGGUACGUUUGGUAGAACGGGGUUCUCCGCACAGUCUGCCAUUGACGGAGUCUGGAAAGAUCCUCCCUGGAGUGAAAGUCAUCAUCGCACACACUGAGACCAAAGGGCCCCUUGGAGACUCACACCUGGGAGAGAUCUGGGUUAGCAGCCCCCACAAUGCCACAGGCUACUACACUGUCCAUGGAGAGGAAGCACUUCAUGCUGACCACUUCAGUGCCCGACUGAGCUUUGGAGACACCCAGACCAUUUGGGCAAGGACUGGCUACUUGGGCUUUCUUCGGAGAACGGAGCUCACUGAUGCCAGUGGAGAGCGACAUGACGCACUCUAUGUGGUUGGGUCUCUGGAUGAAACACUGGAGCUGAGAGGCAUGCGGUACCACCCCAUCGACAUCGAGACAUCUGUGAUCCGAGCACACAGGAGCAUCGCCGAGUGUGCCGUGUUCACCUGGACCAACCUGCUGGUGGUGGUGGUGGAGCUGGAUGGGCUGGAGCAGGACGCACUGGACCUAGUGGCCCUAGUGACAAAUGUGGUGCUGGAGGAGCAUCACCUGGUCGUCGGUGUGGUGGUCAUUGUCGACCCAGGCGUGAUCCCCAUCAACUCUCGGGGUGAGAAGCAACGCAUGCACUUGCGUGAUGGCUUCCUGGCUGACCAGCUGGAUCCAAUCUAUGUUGCCUACAACAUGUGAGCACCUCUCACCAGCUUCAGAGUUCUGUCCAAUGUGAGGCUUCCAGGGGUUGGAACCAUGUGAAAGUGUUAGAACAUGUGAAGACACUGCAGUGUGUCUAUAGCCACCAGGACAAAGGACUGCAGUCAUCAUGGAAUACUGCACCCCUUGCCCUACUUUUAGAGAUUCGUCUCAAAGUUCCCCAAAUCUUAUUUGAGAAGCCACUUCCUGAAUUAUUUGAAGGAAUAUUUUAAUCUUCAAGGACAUUUACAAAAACAUAAAUGUCAGUAUUUUAACAGUUAGGGUGACUGGGAAAGGAAAUGAAAGGCCUGGCCAUGGGUAUCAUGAGGAAUUGCAGGUGUGCAAUUUGUUCUCUACUGUAUUGCAAGUUUGCACUUUUUAGACUAAAAAUAUAGUUCUUGAUUUAAAAAAUUCAAUUAUUUAUUCCCACUUCAAAUGACAAGUUUAUAUGUAGAAUUUAAGCUAGUAAGGAUUUGAGGCCCCAGUACAACUGAUUCACAGGGAGGAACAGAGCCCAAAGAGGCUGAUGGGAAGGGUAGCAAGACCUGCCCACUCCUCCUACCCUGGCUCUUGGGCCCCAAACCAGGCACUCUAGUUACAGGGUGCUUCCGCUCUCCCAGUUUAUUGAAACAGGUGUGUCCGAUUGUCUGCACACAUUGUCACUAAUGUUCAGUAAGUGCAUUUGGGGCUGUCAAGGUAGAUACUCUGUUUCGGAAAGAUAAACCAGCAUUUAGUUUUAAACCACUUUCCUAGGUUUGUAAUUUAAUGCUGUGUUUAGUUAAACACUUGUUUUCAUAACGUCACAAUAUAAAUUCUUCUCAAUACAUGGAUGUGUACUGAGUUAUUUUCAUCCCAAAUUAACAGAUUUGGAAGCACUGAUGACAGUGUCUGAGGUUUUCACAUCCUCAGUGCAAGGUAAGGCUCUCAGACCUCUGGGGAGAGCCUUACCCCAUGAUGAAGGUGGGCCUGGUUACCCUUAACCUGGCUUUCACAUUUUGAGUUGUAUGCCUAUUAAAUUUGGCCAAACCAUAUUCAGUUAUGACUAAACAGAGUGAUAUUACAGUAAAACUAAAUCAAAGAGAAUAUAAAAUCCUUUAGAAACUUAUAAGAAUUUAAAGUGAAGCUCAAAUCUAAGACUUAGCGUAUUUUUAUAUAGCUAAUAAAGAGUAUGUUAUGAAGUUGUUGGGUUUUGGGGGGAACUGUGGAUGGGAAAGUUUAUGGAUCAUGCAUGCUUCAUAGUAACAACCAGGUUUUUCUGGAAUUAGCCUGAAUCAGUGCCUAACAAAGCUGUUAUUAAUUCUCUACCAUUUAAAAUUCUCCACCAAAUAGGUCUGGCUAACUAGGCUAACUCUUACAUUUUACUCUUAUUUGGCUACCAAUAGCAGGUGCAUUGUAGCUCUGUUUGCCUGUUGUGGUGGACUGCAGUUAGUUAUGUUCCAACAUACUGGAAUUGUAAUAUCUAUUGUAAUUAUGUACAUAAUCUGUGUAACUUAUUGUUUGACAUACAGAUAACAGAUAUUCCUUAUAAUAGAAUGGCCGGCAGGGGAAAGAACUACCUAACCCUAAUCUUAAUGUUGUAGUUUUGUAGCAAAUAUUGUAAAAUUUUUGUAUUGAAAGGUCAGUGUCAGUAAAACAAGGUGUCUUGUAAAUUAAGACUUUAAGAAGCACAUUAAAAUGUUUUAAGAUUACUCUCUGGGAAUUCUGUAUAUCACACUAAAAUUUUUUAUAUCAUAAUGUUAAUAAAAGUUAUUGAUUUUGUAA